AUGAACUUUAGUAGCUUAUCCAAAGAAUUCGAUCAACUGUAUUUCAAACCCUCCGGCGAAAUAGUCAUCCAUGACCAGAUAAUCACCAUUAGCAAGUUUUUCUCGACAGAGCAGUGUAAUGCACUUAUUAAAGAAUUCCAAAAGUUGAAACUAGAAACAACACCGUUGAUUAAAAGUAAAGAUUAUGCUGCACGAGUCAAUGACAGAGUACUUAUAGAAGACCACAUAAAAUCUAAUGAGUUAUGGCAAUAUUUACAGAAGGUCCUUCUUCAGGAUGAUUUUGACGAAAAUGUCAUUAGGAACACUUUCAUCAAAGCCAAAGGGUUAAAUCCUCAGUUGAGAAUUUAUCGUUAUUUGAAAGGUCACUAUUUCGGUAAGCAUUAUGAUGAAUCCGUAAAGGCACUUAAGGGUAGAACUAGAUGGACCUUAUUGAUUUAUUUGACAGGAGACGAAGAAUUCGAGGGCGGUGGUACAAUUUUUCACCCUCCUUUUAGUAAAAAAGCAUUGAAUAUCCACCCUUCCAAGGGCAUGGCACUUUUACACAAACAUGGCGAUGAUUGCUUAAUGCACGAAGCGGAGCUAGUCAAGUCAGGAGCUAAAUGGGUCUUGAGGAGUGACGUUGUAUUCUAG